AUGAGUGAUGAUGCCCCCCCAGCGGUUCCUUCAAAAACAGAAUUUAAUAAAUAUAAAAUUGGCAAAGUGAAGAGUACGCCAGCUAUCCAACGAGAUGCAAAGACUAAUCUAACAUACAUAAAACUGAGGAAAAGAAGUAGUGAAAAAGUUUAUGGAUGCACUGUCUUCCAGAAUCAUUAUCGUGAAGAUGAAAAACUAGGCCAAGGCACGUUUGGCGAGGUUUAUAAGGGUAUUCAUUUAGAAACUCAAAGGCAGGUGGCAAUGAAGAAAAUUAUAGUUAGUGUGGAAAAAGACCUCUUUCCCAUAACAGCUCAACGAGAAAUUACCAUUUUAAAGCGCUUAGGCCACAAAAAUAUCAUCAAGCUAAUUGAAAUGGUAUAUGACCAUUCGCCAGAUACUACAAAUUCGGCAUCUAGUAGCCUGCAUAAAUCAUUUUACAUGAUCCUGCCGUAUAUGGUAGCAGAUCUCUCUGGUGUUCUGCAUAAUCCAAGAAUUAGCUUAAAAAUGUGCGAUAUCAAGAAUAUGAUGCUACAAGUAUUAGAAGGCCUAAAUUACAUUCAUUGUGCAAAAUUUAUGCAUAGGGAUAUAAAGACAGCAAACAUCUUGAUUGACCACAAUGGUAUUUUGAAGCUUGCUGAUUUUGGUUUGGCAAGACUCUAUUAUGGAUGUCCUCCGAAUUUGAAGUAUCCUGGUGGUGCAGGUUCGGGUGCCAAAUAUACAUCAGUAGUGGUAACAAGGUGGUAUAGGGCUCCAGAAUUAGUACUUGGCGAUAAACAGUAUACGACAGCAGUUGAUAUAUGGGGAGUUGGAUGCGUUUUCGCGGAAUGUUUUGAGAAAAAACCAAUCUUGCAAGGUAAAACAGAUAUCGAUCAGGGACAUUGCAUAUUCAAAUUACUAGGCACCCCUACGGAGGAAGAUUGGGCCAUGGCUAGAUGUUUGCCAGGCGCUGAACUAACAACAACUAAUUACAAAUCAACAUUAAAGGAAAGGUUUGGCCAAUUUCUAACCGAAACGGGUCUGGACUUUCUAGGACACUUAUUGGCGUUAGACCCUUAUAAAAGGUUGACCGCCAUGUCCGCUAAACAUCAUCCUUGGUUUUCUGAAGAACCUUUCCCCUCCGAGAAUAUAACAUUGCCAACUGAGGAAAGUCACGAAGCCGAUAUCAAGAGAUAUAAAGAAGAAAUGCACCAAUCGCUGUCACAAAGAGUACCUACAGCGCCAAGAGGCCACAUUGUUGAGAAGGGUGAAUCUCCUGUUGUGAAAAGCCGCGGGGCAAUCCCAAGAGGUCCAAAAAAAGACGACGCAAUUUCUGUAGCACCAUUGAGAGACAUAGCGGCUAAGCCAACUCCAUCAAAACUAGGAGAUCCAUCUCAAAAUCCGAGACCUUACCACUCUAACAAUGGAUAUUCCAAACCUGCUGUACCACCUGCUGCCCCUGCAGGAAUGAAUAGGUAUGGGGCUAUCAAUACCUCCAGAAGCAAUCGCUUUAGUGGUAAUAGUACCGGACCUAGUAGUAACAGAAAAUUUGUAAAUCGCUUUCAUCCAGAGACAGACGUCAACCCCAAGUACAUUAAAGCACCGUUACCAUUGGGACCACAAUCAAGAUACCAGGGUAGCUCAACUGAUUCGAGAUAUAAAAGCGCGCAAAAUGACUCUAGAUAUCACAACGCAAGGUACAUUAACAAAUCGGACAUUAAACCAGAACAAAAAUAUAGUCGUCAAGAACCUAAUACGCCAAUUAACAGAAAUUAUAAUCCUCCUAAUGGGCCCCGCAAUAGUGGUUUUGACCAUCACCAUGAUUCAAGACCACCUCAUCCACAGUUCCCAGUGUCGACAUCGCAAAGUCAACAUCAAAUUGCGAAUAAGCCAAUAGAGAAAAAAAAUGGAAGCCCUAAGGAUGAAAGAGUGAAACCGGAUGAGCCUAAAAAUUUCGACAAUAAUGAUAUUGCAGAUCUGUAUUAG